CUGGGCAAGAUGGCGACGCUACAGGGAGGACUUCUGGGGCCGGACCCCGGAGCGCUGAGCCCCGCGCAACAGGAGCAGUUGCGCAACUUCAAGAUUCAGACUCGGAUUGCUAAUGAAAAAUACCUGAGGGCCCACAAAGAAAUAGAGUUGCUCAUAAGUGGUUUCUUCAGGCUCUCCAUAAUAGGGCCCCUUUGCUCCCAACUACUCUCUGUGCCUGCCUGUCGUCCCCACCAGAUGGAACCUCUGAUCAUUCCACUGACCUCCCCACUGACGCCGCGGGGGGGCACUGACACUUCUGGAUCCUGGAGAUACAAAGAGAAAUGUUUUUGAAAAGACCAGACAACAUCCAAGAAUUUUCUGCAGCUCCAGCAGAUGCUGCCUCUGAUUCACAUUAUGCCGGGUGUAUAAAAACCAUCCUCUGUCGUCAUCGUGUGAGAGUCUGGCUCUCCUCUGAGAGGAUAUUCUCAGAGAGGAGAGGGCGUGAGAGCUCAGAGACAAGCUGGCAAGCUGAGCUGAGACGAGAAUAACACUUGGCAUUUAUUUGGGCCCCAGGAUGGGCCGGGAGCAGCAAACCCAGAGAUCCCUCAGCCCUCUGAUGGCUCCCCGUGCGUCAGCAAGCUGAUGAGCUGCCGGCUGGUGUGGCCGGGCCUGGAGCCAUUCUGUGUCAGCCCCUCCCAGGAAGGCGGGAGCUGGCAGGCUCAGCACUACUCCGGGCGGAGAUGGCGACCACGGGAUCUGCUGUGACUUCUGUUACUUGUUGGAAAGCAGGGCCGCCAGGAACAGGCCUGCUGAGGCUGAGCCAGCCUUGCUUUUGAGCCGAGUGAGCGGACUCCCUCCCUGCCUUCUCCCCUUGGGUUUAGAUAAUUUCUUCUUUUCGAUUCUCAUCCCAGACUAUUUCACGGAUCCAAGACUUCCCAACAAGAUUCACAUGCAGCUAAUUAAGGAGAAGAAAGCGGCUUAAUUAGCAGAAUCAGGAUGCUCAGCUGUUGAGAGAGACCAGGAAGAAUCCAGCCUCAGGGUGGGUGUUAACCUCGCUUACAGACAGAGGCUUCUUUGCUCUUGUCAAAAUAAAGUCUGGGCUUCUCGGCCGGAGUGUGAAGGAAACCAGAGGGAGAAGCGGCAGAGAAGUUUCAUGCAAAA